UUGGCUGCACGGCUCGCGUGCGUCGAAGGAUUUUGCCGGAAGUUCAAAUGGGUUUGUGUCAAAUGUAGCCGAGCUGCCAAAGGAAACAUCUGAGUCCUGCUGUGUGAUAGACUUUAAAACAGAACAUAAAGGUUGUUUCAUCACAUUGACCUUCCUGAAGACAGCUGAGAAGGGCAUCAAAACAAUGGCACUGAGCGUACCAUGAGGUUUGAGCUGCGGACCUCAAAUGAAACAUCGCAUUCAACUUUGACAACCAGUACGGUGGAGAACGGGCAGCUUCCCGACCCCGCCCACUGGGCCGUAGCCGAUGUUGUCAAUUAUUUUAAAGCUACUGGAUUUGAAGAGCAAGCCAACGCUUUCAAGGAUCAGGAAAUCGAUGGCAAGUCUCUAUUGUUAAUGACUCGCAACGACGUCCUGACUGGACUCUCAAUAAAACUGGGCCCGGCUCUGAAGAUUUACGAGUACCACGUGAAGCCGCUUCAGACCCAACACUUAAAAAGCAAUGCCUCGUAGCACUCCGGACGGGACGAGCCUGGAAAGACAAUCACACCAUGGAACAGCAGGGUCACUGCAAACUGAAGUCAAAGCCAUGUUUCUCAUGCGCGUUUUUAUGCAUCAUUGUCGGCAAAUACACAAAUUUUAAUGUGAAUUUCUUUCUCCUAAGAUAGUUGUACAGGUACAACUCGAUCUCUUUUUGGUGUGGGUGCGUGUGUUUUUGGAGUGGGUGGAGCUUGUUGGACUGCUGUUAUGACUGAAGUUUGUUUUAAAGAAAAAAACCCAGUCUGCUCCUUUUCAAACAUGUAAAUAUGUCCAAAUAUUGUUUUGUUUGCAGUUUUUAAAAAUUUUAACGUAAACUAUCGUGUGAAAGUAUACGGCACUAAGACGGUAAACACUAUUGUGUAAGGUGUUGCUAGGUGUGACCUUUCAGAGGUUUUAUGGAAAUUGAACUUAUUGCAUUAUUGUUCUGUAUAUAAAAAAAGUGACUAAAGGAGUGGCGGAUCAA